AUGGAACUAAUUUCUAAAUAGCUGAGAAAACUAGACAUUUUUGGAUAAGAAAUCAGAUUAUAAGCUGAUAGUCAAUCAGCAUUCAGAACGAAAAUUGGAGCAAUAAUGACUCUAAUUUUAUUUACUAUUUUAGCAUAUUCUAGUAACUCUUUUAUUCUAGAGAUGAACAAAGGGAAAAAUGCUGUACUUAAUUCAAAAGAUGCAGUAAUUAAUCCAGAAGAUGUAAACAAUAAUACGACCAUUUUAUAGGGUUAUACAUUUCAUUCUACUGAACUUCUCUUUGCUGCUGGACUUGUAGACACUAUGGGUUAGCCUAUUCCCAACGAUAACAAUAGAAUAUUUUCAAUAACUUUUUACUUUUGUCAAAAAUAAUACGGUGAAAAUAAUUGUGUAAAUAUUCCAAGCAUUAUAUGUGGAAAUCGCACUUCGAAUAUUUCUUUAGUAAUCUAAACAUCAUAUUAAUAGCUGGACGUACCACAGAAAUAUUUAAAUAUUACAUAUUGUAUAGAUGAGAAUUAUCUUAAUAAUAAUCCUGAAAUAAGAAUCUAGGGAUCACCAAAAUUAGAAAAUUUUACUCAAUUUGGAGGGCUAGUAUAAAGAUGUUAAAAUAGCACUCUUAGUUCAAGUAUUUAUUUCUAAAACUAUAAGAUUGUGCCUCAACUGAAGAGAUCGAUAGAUAUAUCACAAAUUCGAAUCUUUUUUACUCAUACUCUUUCCAUUACUUUAAUAAAGAAUAAGAGGUCUCCCCAUAUGAAAAAGCAUAAAGCAUAGAUUCGACUCCGAUUUUUAAUAAAGUUGGAAAGUAUAUUCGAAUAUAUUUCAAAUAUUCUCAAAGCUUUAUAGAAUAUAAUCCGUUUUACUUUUUUCCCUAGCUAAAACAGAUUGAAGGUAUUGAAUAUGAAAAUACCGCUAUUGACAGUACAUUAAAUUAUGAAGACAAUAAUAAUAUAGCGUUGUUUGAACUAAAUUUAGAUGCAAAGAAAAAAAUACAUUUUAUAACCUACUAGACGUUGAUGGAUGUCGCCGCCAAAAUUGGAGGACUAUUUACAAUCUUAAGAGUCAUUUUUGAUGUGGUCCUAUUUCCUUUCUAACGCAUUAGCUAUAGACUUUAUUUAGCAAAUUGUUUAUCAAAAUAACAACGCAAUUUUAUAAACAAUGAUAAAAAUAAAGGUUAGGAUGAACUUAAUCUUUAUAAAUUAAUUACUUCAUCCGUUUCCAGAUAAUUAUAUUUAAGUUAGUCAAUGUUGAUAGAUAAAUUUCUUGAUAUUACCGAAAUAUUGAUUAAUCCUAUAAAAAUAACAAAAUAAAUGGAGGAUUUGCAAGGAUCAAUAAAACGAUAUGAUAUUUUAAAUUCUCGAAAUAAAAACAUUGUUUCAGAAUUAGAUGAGGAAUUAGUAUUUGAUAAAAAUGAUGGGUUUUUAUGCAUGAAAUAAAUGAGUCCGUUAUCAAUAAAUGAAGAGUUCAGAGUAGGAAGCCAAAUGAAUAUUAAAAUUCCAUAACUAAAAGUAAAUUGA